UUCGUCGCAAUCAAGAGUUUGAGCAUUGGAAACUAUUAAAGAAGAUUGAUUGACCAUUGUUGUAUUUUACUGUCGCAUAGUUUACUUCAUAGCUUGCGAUAUGUCUAGUGAGUUUCAACCAGAAACCGUAUAUGACAUGGUUGUAGUAGACCGAGAACAAGAUGUUGGUGUAGUAACAAAGCAGUUAUUUCAGCUAUACACUCUCCGUAAACUUGGUAUCCCUUUCAAACCAGUCAUACCCUUUGGUCCCCACCUCUUCGGAAGUGGGAAGACAAAAUUCGUAAAAAGUUACUUGGAACUGGUGAAUAAUAUGGGUGAAAGUGCACUGAUAGGUCUCGAUUACGUUGGUGAGUCUGAGAAGGCCAACCGAAGAGGUUUCCUGGAGAAGCUGAAAAGGGCUUCAUUGCUCUUUGUGGAUUUGAGGGAGUUGGAGCCCACAGAACCGAAAGAACGCAACCUAAAGUGGGCAGUCUACUAUUUGUUAGUAAAGGCUGCUUUUUUGCAAUCAGGUCUUCCGCAACCAGACCCGGACGAAUGUUUCAAGGAACUAAAACUUAGGAGUGAUGCUUUGGUCCAGAAAAUCCGUUCAAUCUUAAACAUUCCUUCCGAUCAAUAUCUUCUUGUGGCAUUUGAUGAAGUUGGUGUGUUUGAUACAAAGGGAACCUUUUUUGAACUGGAGAAGAAUGACAAAGGUGUGGUUCGACCUUACAACGACUUUUUCGGUAUUAUUCGUGAGUUGUGUAAAGAACCCGACUUGUUUUUUAUAGUUGUUGGGAAAAGUGAAGGCUUAAAUAUAUAUAAUUACGUAGCUUCAGUCUCAAGAGUUCAGUUAGUGUUUAUUCCUCUUUCGCCGCUUGAGAACCAUAGUAUCGUGGAACAUUUGGAGAAAAGUUCUUGCUUUUUAUUCCCUGGGAGCCCAAAGGUUUCAGAAAUUCUUUGUCACGAAGACUUCUCAACUAGUGAACUUGCAGAAUUGUUGUUGGAAUUGACUGGUGGUGUUCCUGGUUUACUUGUUCGAGCAAUCAGUUACCUUCUGCU